AUGAUCUCAUCUUCUCUUUCUGUUAAUAUUUCAUCUCUUGGAUAUAUGGAUGAUGCGAACUGGAUUACUAGCUCCAAAGAAGAUCUCAAAUAUAUUUUGGAUAUAGCUGAUGAAUAUUAUUCUUUCACAAGAGCUGCGAUCAAUAAGACCAAAUCAAGAUUACUUACUAAUGCUCUUUUUUCUUCUGACCUCAUUCAGUUAAAAUUUGAAUUAUUCUAUAUCCUUAUUAUACCA